AUGCCACCAGCUACGAAGCGACACAAGACUGCCACCGUGAAGGCAUCUCCCAGCAAGAGCUCAGACACACCUGCAGGAGCGAAGCCAUGGAAGACCACGACGCGGCUGACGGAUGGAAGGGAGCUUUCUGAGAUGUCGAGGUUUGACGAAAUAACCUCGAAAUUCACUCAAGCCGUCACCAUCAAGUACAAAGAGGCCUUCACACUGAGGCCACUCAUCAUCACCGAAGGCUCGCUCCAAGGUCGUCGCGUUCUUGUCGUGGAGCUCUUCAAGGACUACUUCCGCUUUCUCGAUUUGCCGACAGAGAUACGCUUGAUGAUAUACGAGAUGCUGCUACAUCCACACUCGGGCCCGAUGAAGAUUGGCACAGCAAUGCGGAGAGGAGAGAAUAGGCGCCCUUUCCGCCGAGGCGAGGAUCUUGUCAAUUACUCUUACAUACUCGCUGCCAACCAGCAGAUCUCCGCUGAAGCUGCACACGUGUUCUACGGCAUCCGUCGCAUCGACUUUGACGACCUCGGACACUGUCAGCUUUUUCUCAAGACAAUCGGUCACAUGCGCGGCUAUCUACGGGAUAUUCGUAUUGGUCCAAAUGGCUACAGCAGAAACAAAGCACGAUCAGUCUUCAGCAUGCUCAGGGAUGCAAAUGUACUUCGAAGACUUGAGUUUGACCACACUAACGUGUGCCGCGAUAAUGCACCGACCUGGACUCGCGCUGCGAAUGUUGACACUGUGGCAGCGGACCUGAAGACUCUGUUCAAAUCGCUGCGCAAGACCCACAAGACCUUUACAACCUUACAGGAUAUCCUCGAUCUGCUUCAGGUAACUGGAAACACGUGUGGUCAUUGUCGAAGCAAGAAUGGGGAGAAUGUGGCGUGCUUCAGUUGUGACAUUGCGAGUCGCGGGGAAUCUCAUACUUGUGCAGGCUUCGAUUGCGGCAGCGGUGGGGGUACUGUGAGAUGCUCAGACAUGCAAUUGCAUUGCGAGGAGGUUCAGAAGAAGCUUCGCGCUGCCGUAGCCAAAGUAUUGGGCAUCGAGGUCGAAGACGGGAGCCUAGUGCACAAGUCUACACAAAUCUGA